AUGCCAGGUCGCAUCGUCAUGGACAGCCAUGCCGCACCGCAGACCAACGGCCUGAACAAGGACCCACCCACCAUGGCCUCGACCGCUCCUGCACAACCCUCUGCCCUAGCAAACGGCUACAGCAAUGGCACCACAAAAGAGGAGGAGAAGGCUUUGCCGCCAGAGCUGGAACACUGGGCACAUACCUAUGUCCCCAUGGGCACACUACUAGAGCGCAUGGCCCAACAGUGUUACUUUGACCUGGGAGAGGUCAUUGAGCAAAUGGCCGAUCUGAACAUUGGCACACCGCAAACGAAUGGCGCAUCCACUGCAGCCCCUGACGUGUCAAAAGCGAGCGUGGACAAGAAACUGCGACUCAUGAACUUUGCAAAUACUCAACAAGCUCGCUUCAUCAAGGCCCUAGUUCUGUCAGACUGGGCGCGCAACAUGGGCGACAUGGACAAGCUGAUCGAGUUGCGCAUGUGGCUGACUCAACAGGAUGAAGCAUCAACACAAGUCGGCGAUGCCAUUAUGCAGAUGAAACACAACAUGAUCGGUGCCAAAAUGCCCAACCCAAACAUCCAAGGAGCCCUGGAACUUCUUUCCACAUCCAAAGCCCCAUGGUUGCCCAGUCUUGGUUACAUUGCGCCAAAACCUCUGUCUGCUCAGAAACUGCUCAAGACGCUACGAGACAUGAAUUUUGUCCUCUCCGUACGACUCAACCUGCAUGAGCAACUACCUUCACACUUCUGCAACUACUCGAUAGCCAACGGACGUGCUACCUUUGUUGUGCCCAACGAGUUUGAGCUUGAUCUGGCUGUUACUGACGAAGACACGACAUCACCUUUCUACUUUAUCGAUAUUCGGUUCCUGUUUUCUGAUGCUCCACCCUUGGCAGAUGGCUUCGCUCGCGCACAUCUCGAAGGAAAGGUCAAUCAGCUACUCCAGAUGGAAGGUCUUUCUGCGGCCUACGACUUUCUCCACGGAUUUGUUCUCACACACAAGAUCACACUGCUACGGAUACAGGCCUCCGAUUUGGCGCGCACGAGGUGGACUGAAUGUCUACACGUCGAACCCGUUCAUCGAUCGCUCAUCGUUCAAUACUGGACCGGCCAGCCUGGAGGAAAGAGUUGGAUCGAAGUCGGAAUCAUGAAGGGACACAACGCAGAAAACGCAGAUCGACCACAUACACCCGCGCGGAUGAACAUUCGCUGGUUCAGAGCUGGUAAGGAGGUUCCUGAUGCGAAAUUCGAUAUCGAUCCAGCCAGCCCCUCGAUGGAACAUAUACUGAACCAGGUCACUGCUGCGCAUAUGACGCUUCGCCUUGAAACCGUCGAGAACCAGCUUCUGGCUAUCUCACCACUGAAAUCUGCUCUGGACUUGGACUUGAAGGCUUCGUUGACAGAUCCGAAUGCUUGCGCCUUGUCCAUGAAGCUUGGUAAGCACGGCCUGGAGACUUCGCUACGCAUUGUCCCUGUCAAUGGCAACAUCUCAAUUUCACCAGUCUCUGCUGCUUCGAUAGACGUAGAGAGAAGACUCCACUCUGACCCAACAAUCGACGCUGCACAGAUUUUGUCGUACCUCAACUGCAAGCUCGUCCAGGAUCAAAUCACACGACAAGCUGUGCAGGCUGGCUGGCUGCUGAUGCCAACAGCACAACAAGGUGAUGUCAACAAAAUCUUUGCCGAACAGAUCAUUCGCCGCACAACCUUUACUCGCCAUGGCUGGGGUGAGGACUGGGCCAUCUGCCUCACCAUCAGCUUGCAAGGUGUGAAAUGGUGGAUUGUCCGUCUGGCGUCAACCUCACCAACCUCUCGUAUAAUCAACACAGCCGAAACUCUAUCCAUUCCUACAUCAACAAGAUCUUUCGAUCGCCAUACACUUAUGCUCAUCGAAUCCCGCGCAGUGGCACAAGUCUCUCUCAGCAACAUAUCUUCUCAAUUACGAAAUGCUAAGAUCAGUCAUGAGAUCAGACAUGUGUCUCCUGCAGCCGCACAAACCAACAUUACAGCAUCGCCGCUAUCCGCAUCCACCACUACAGCAGUCAUCGGCAUCAAGUUCGAGGACUGUAUGCAACCCUCCUCAGUAUCUGAGCGCAAACUCUGGAAACCAUGGUGUUGCAGUACUAUGGUACUCACACAUCAUGGCGUCGACGAAUCAGCAAAAGACGCCGUCAAAGUGGUUCACGUUCUUAAAACGAAUUUGACUCCUGAAACAGCCCAGAUCCUUGCGCCGCUGGCCGGCAAGGGCACUUCAAACCAGGAUAUCGUGUUUGCUGCUAACGGCAUUCUGGCUCUUCAACUUCGUACGCAUUUUGGUGUUGAUCUGAUCGGCGCUGUGAAAAGCAAACUCCGACGUGUAGAACGAUUGGCAAUUUGUCUUGCCGCCAUCACGAAGCGGAGUUUUAUAGUCGAGAAAGUGGCGGUUACGGGCUUGGUAUUCCGCUACUCGACCGCUUCUUCUCAGCAGCUUAAAGCAGGAAUCUUGUUCUCUGACGAUGCAGCACAGCCUAUGCAGUUGCGUUUUGCGGCCGAGGAUUCGACAAACCCGCACCGAUGCGUGCAACCACUACUACAAAAUCUUCUCCUCGCACCUCCUGGCGUUUCCUCUAUGAUCGAGGAGAAAGCACGGGUAGAGAAGCUGUUUGACACACUACACACAACCACACCACUCCUUUCCGCUUGCGCAAUAAUCGAGUCAAAGGACCCAGCGGCAAAGACCUCAAGGAUCGCUAGCAGGAACUUGACACACCUCCGGAUUCGCUAUUGCUCUCCAUUACCAUCGUUAACUCUCAACAUCGAAGCUUUACGAAAAGAAGGAAAGAAUCUCUGGUCGAUCACGGUACUCAAAGAUCAAACACCUGAAUACGACCAAGCGUUGGAUUUGCUGCAGCAAGUCUGGCAAGGCAAGGAUGUUGAUGGUGUUAAGGGCUUUAGGACUGGUAUUGUUGCUCAGGUGGGAGCUGUGGAGAAAGUAUUGCUUGACCUUGAUGGUGUGGUCAGAGGACAGGGAGGUGAUGGGCAAGGUCAUGAAGUCGUGGUCCUGGACUAG